UUCAACACACACACAGAACAACAUGGUCCCGGGGAACAUAACUGCAGAGCUUAAGCCGGCUGCUGACCGAGAAUGCUGGUAAUACUCAAGUAUCAACUGAGGUUGUGUAACUUUUGAGAUCGCCGUUUGGCACCACAGAGGAAAGCAAACGACGGAUGGAGUGGAGGAAGCCAAGUCCCGCGUCCUUGAUGAGCCUGAGGAUGGCUGCAGCAGAGGAGCACGCCCUAUCAUCCCGGUUGGCGGACGUCACACCUGGGGCUCUGCAGACCCUGGAUCAGCUGGAGGAGGCCGACGCGUGGGUGAUGGAGGAGGGCGAUGACUCCGUGUUCUACAGCGACGAGGACCAAAGUAAUCAGGGCGGAAAUUCAAGCACCUUCUGUGAAUUGGGUGCAAAAAAAAGCGGUCGGCCCGUGAACAGUGUCGCACACAAUGAGCUGAUGCUGCAGCGGAAGGGGAUUCAGGAUCCAGGAGCAGAAGCCUUUUUGGACAAGCGGAAUGUAGAAAUGCAGAAUGAGGCGUCUCUGCAGUUCGCUCUGACUGAACAUGCUCUGCAGACAGCAAAAACUGCAACCGUGUAUGUGUCAGAAUCAGGGAGCAGAAAUCCAGAUGUGCAACAACAGUCAAAGCUGCAUAUUUCAUCAGACGCAGGACGUAUAUUAAUUACGACGCAAGAGGAAGAAAAUCUCCAACAUCAAAUGCCUCUUGCUGAACUCCAGACAUCAGGCCACUGGCACCUUAAACAGGAGCAGGAGGCCAUGCAGGACUACAGCUCCCAUGGUCCCACGGGGCCUCUCCAUGACCGCCACACUCUGCCCAAGGCGUCCGGUCAGAGCCCCGGAGACCGCAGCUCCUUCGACCACCUCUCAUCCUCCAGAUACAGCACGGUGUCCUACCGCAGGAUCCGCAGGGGCAACACCCGGCAGAAAAUCAAAGACUUUGAGUACAUGCUCGUAAAUAUGCAAGAUGGUCCCGAUGCCCUCUUUAGGAAAUGAAAAGCUGUCGGACAUGGAUGAUAGGAAAACCUGCUUCCUGAAAAGAGGCUGAUUGUACACGGAUGCCAUAUGGUUCACAGCUGUGUUGUUAUCCACUUGUAGAUAAGUCGUAUUAAAACCCCCCCAGGUCACGUUACCCCCCCGGCUUAUGCAGCAGUGAGAAUGGAGUACUGUGUUUUCCACAAGAUAGUUUAGCAUGAAAAUAUCUGGUUAUGCGAGGCAGGUAUUAGUACAACAGAUUAAAGAAAUAAGAAGCUCAGAGCUUCAUAAUCCUUCUCACCACAUCAUCUAAGAUGCUGUUUGGUAUUAAGAGCUUCCACAUCUGAACCCACAGAGGCCGAGCGCUGAAACAGUUCCUGUAUGUGGGACUGAUUAACUACGCAGACUCGCGAUAACUGGUGGAUUAACAAUGAUAACAAAUAAAAAAAGCCUGCGGUUAA